AUGAGGCGUGGAAGCCUUCAGCCGCGUGUGCGGCUGCUGUUGCUGCAGCUGCUGCAGCUGCUGCUGCUGCUGCAGCAGCAACAGGGCAGUUGCCGCCUUCUCGUUAGUUCUAGAGGUGCCUCCUCUCAGACGUUUGGUGUAACUUCAACAACAGGGAAAGCAGCAGCAACAGCAGCAGGAGCAGCAGCCGCAACAGCAGCAGGGGGAGCACCAGCAACAACAGCAGCAGCAAAGGGCGACAGCAGAAUUGCUGCAUUUCUGGGGCCUCGCUGCAGCUCUUCAGAAGCACUAGAAGAAGAUGGAGAAUCCGCAGCAGCAGCAGCAGCAGCAGCAGGAAGCGAGCUGCAGCGCCGCGGAUUGUCUUGUUUGGGUUUCAUGGGUGGAUGGAGCCGUUCAGCUCAUAUGCAGCAGCAGCAGCAGCAGCAGCAGCAGCAGGGGUUUCUAAGGAGUUUGCUUUCUUGUGGUGCGGUGAAGUCUGUGUGGGGUGGCUGCCGACGCGCAUUUGGGGUGUAUAUGCAGGUGCCCCUUGUUACCCGUUGCUGGAUAUCAGGCUCUUUGCUGCUGUCUUUAUUAGCAGCAGGAGAAUCUGCACUGCUGCCAGCAGAGACGCUCUGCAUGCACUGGGGCAGGUGUAUACGCAGCUUCGAGGCGUGGCGUCCCUUUACUGCAGCAAUGUUUCAGGGGCCCCUAUCAUUUAAUACUUUAACUCGAGUGUAUGCAGCAUAUGAAGUAAUAAGACAGCUGGAGAGCAGCGAGAGACAAGCGCUGCUGCAGCAGCCCUGCAGCAAUCCACACAAACUGUCUCCUGGACGCCGCCGCAUGCUGCAGCAGCAGCAGCAGCUGCUGCUGCAGCAACAACGACAGCUGCAGCGGCUGUGGAGUAGUAAUAAUCCCCAGGCAUUUGCUGCUGCUGCAGCUGCUGCUUCUGGCAGCGCGCAUUUGCUGCAGUUCCUGCUGCUGCAGUGUCUCCUUCUAGCAGCAGCUAGCAGCAAGCUAGGAAUGCCUUUCUAUGGGAGCUCUCUAACUGCUGCUGCGGUGUAUGUACUCAGCAAACAUACACCCAACAGGUUAGUACAGCUUUCAUUUGGGGUUAGAAUGCCUCACUGGGCUCUUCCCUUCUCUCUUGCUGCUAUCGAUGUGCUGCAGCAGCAGCAGCUAAAAGCUGCUGUCCCCGUCCUCUUAGGCAUCCUCACGGGGCAUAUAUUCUACCUCUUGAAGAAGGUGGUGCCUGAGAAGACAGGAAUUCAAGCGCUUCCCUUCCCCUCGCUAACUUAUCGUUUGCUGCUGCAGCACAAGGCGCGUGCUGCUGCUGCUCCUGCUGCAGCGCCAACCUUCAGAAGCAAAUACCUCUAG